AUGCCUGGACAAAAGAGGCGAUCGGAAAGCAAAAGGAAAUUUUUUCGUGCAAUAACAUCCAGGAUAUCACACCAUAACCAUGUCACAUCUCCAGAAAAGGAUAACAUUAAGGGAGAACCAAUUCAUAGUCAAUACCAAGAGAUCUCUAAUACACACAAUACACUAGGAAAAACUAACAUCUCGGGGAACCCUCUCUCUGAGCAUUGUAAGGCUGCACAAGAUUAUCCAUGCCCUGGAAACGAUCAUAACACCAGCAUACAAGAUGAGACACAGGCCAUUAAGUCUCUGAGUCAAUCGAUCCCUGCCACGAAAGGAAGGGACAAUUCCAACUAUUCUUACCUGGAAAGUAUGAAGAAAGCUCCAGCUAAGAAAAGAAGUGCCUCCAGACCUGAGUCUAUUACUCCAACUCUAAACUUGAAACUCAAAAACAGCAAAAUACGAAAUAUCCUUUGUAAUUCAUCUGCUACAAAUGAAAGAGGUGGAAAAUUUCUAGAUAUAGAAGCCUGUUCCCCUGCAAGUGCCAAUUCCGAAGCGUCCUUUUUAAGCAAAACGGAGAGUCUAAUUAUUAAUAACGAAAGUAAAAAUGAUAUGGAUGAAUAUGAUUAUAAGACGUUCAGCACAAACCAUCCUUUAAGGUUAUCUAAGGUGAAGGCAUUUGAACAAGGGGAAAUGACAACCAAGAUGUUCUUCUCGAAAUUCAAUUCCAACUGCAUAAAAAAUAAAGAUUGUAAUAAGAGGAAUACGUAUACUAGGCAUUCUACUGACGAAAGGUUAAUUUUGCAGGUUCCAGGAAUUUCAAAAGAGCACAGUGCUUCCAUGUUAGGGUAUAAGGAUGAAAGCCUAUCGGCUCAAGGUGCACAUGAAAGUAGGAAACUUACACAGGGAGGGGGGACUCACAACAAUGCCGAGCGUCGAAUAUUGAUGAUGAAGAAGGCAUUGAAACCAAUGUCUCAAGAUGAUAUUGCCUAUGUCAGGUUGAAAAACUCGGAGCUUCCAAACGUUUUCCAGAAUUCGUCUGAAUUUCUUACCAAUUUAGAACCACAAGAGAUUGAGUUCUGGGAGUUGAUGAAUAAGGAAUUCGAGGAAGAAAUGGAGGCCCUAAGAGAAGAAUUUUCUUACAAAAUGGAAGAACGUAGUGCACUUGUGGACGAAAGUAUCAUACAGUUACUUAAACAGGCCCGGGGAAGUUAUUCAACUCUUGAUAGGGGAAAAGUCUGCUUAGACUCUGAAAUUGGGCAAGUCAUACAGAAGCGGGUAAAGGGAAUAUUCCAUGAGGAAGAGAUGUUUCGUCUUACCCUUGGAUGA